AUGCGACUCGUUGGUGGCACCGACUCCUGCUCUGGUAGAGUGGAGAUCCUGCAUGAUGACCAGUGGGGAACAGUGUGUGAUAAUGACUGGGACCUGAAUGAUGCAGAGGUGGUGUGUAGACAGCUUGGAUGUAGUAAAGCUGUCACCGCUCAUCAAAGUGCCUACUUUGGUCAGGGAAGUGGUCCAAUAUGGCUGGAUAAUGUUCAGUGUUCUGGAAGUGAAAGCAACAUCACACAGUGCUCUCAUAGAGGAUUUGGAUCACACAACUGCAGCCAUGGUGAAGAUGCUGGUGUUACUUGCUCAGAUGGCACUUACAUACGACUCAUUGGUGGCAACAACAACAUCUGCUCUGGUACAGUGGAGAUCCUGCAUGAUGACCAGUGGGGAACAGUGUGUGAUGAUGUCUGGGACCUGAAUGAUGCAGAGGUGGUGUGUAGACAGCUUGGAUGUGGUAAAGCUGUCAUCGCUCAUCAAAGUGCCCACUUUGGUCAGGGAAGUGGCCCAAUAUGGCUGAAUAAUGUUCAGUGUUCUGGAAGUGAAAGUAACAUCACACAGUGCUCUCAUAGUGGAUUUGGAUCACAUGGCUGCAGCCAUGGUGAAGAUGCUGGUGUUACUUGCUCAGGUAACAUGAGACUCAUUGGUGGCACCGACUCCUGCUCUGGUACAGUGGAGAUCCUGCAUGAUGGUCAGUGGGGAACAGUGUGUGAUAAUGACUGGGACCUGAAUGAUGCAGAGGUGGUGUGUAGACAGCUUGGAUGUGGUAAAUCUGUCACAGUUCAUCAAAAUGCCCAUUUUGGUCAGGGAAGUGGCCCAAUAUGGCUGGAUGAUGUUGAGUGUUCUGGAAGUGAACGCUUCAUCACACAGUGCUCUCAUAGAGGAUUUGGAUCACACAACUGCAACCAUGGUGAAGAUGCUGGUGUUACUUAUGGUGCUAACAUACGACUCAUUGGUGGCAUCAACUCCUGCUCUGGUAGAGUGGAGAUCCUGCACAAUGACCAGUGGGGAACAGAAGUGAAAGCUCCAUCACACAGUGCUCUCGUAGAGGAUUUGGGUCACACAACUGCAACCAUGGUGAAGAUGCUGGUGUUACUUGCUCAGGCAGCUGGCUGCGGUGGGCUUGCUUUUAACCCCCCAGCUCAGCCGCAGCUGCCAUGUGUUGGAGUUUUCCCCGGUUUCCCACCUUUGGACUUCUGUGCUAGCUACGGUUUGCCCAUAACAAACAUCAAGCAUAAGGGUGCCCAUCAGUACACAUGGUACCAGGACACCAUAGGCCGGAGGUCGAUGAUCAACCUUGUGGUCGUAUCAUCUGACCUUCGGCCAUAUGUCUUGGACACUCGGGUGAAGAGAGGAGCUGAACUGUCAACUGAUCACCACCUGGUGGCUAGUUAG